GUGAUUAGCUAACUUGAAAAUGUCAUAUGACAAUAAAAUGGUAACACCAUCCAUAGUUAUGAGCCUGCAACAAGUUUUCAUACCACUUUAGGAAAGAAAUAUGAAGCAUGGUCUAGUGUAGUGCCACUCGCUUGGCAAGUACUUCUGCUUAAAGCUGAUUUGAAGAAGGUUGAGAGUAAGAACACUCUUUAUUUAAGGUGAGCCGGAUUGAAGAACCAUUUUAUCACAAUAGAACAUUAGAACUGUUUGUGAACAUUCAAAUACAGAAUCACGUUUGAAGAUCGCUUUUUUAUGUGAGCUGAGUGUGCGGUUGAGUUUUGACUUUUAGGACAUGAUCAAAGUGGGGUUCAACUAAACCACAACAGCACGGGAACGCCCAGUCAUAAUCAUUCCCUAAAUACCGAAACUACCCUCGCCAGUGCUGUAGAUUCCUUCCUCGUGAACCCAAUUCCUCUUCCUCCAUCUUGGAUCUGGUUCUUCUCCUGGUUCGAUCUCAGCUACAAACAAAGCGUUUGCGAUCUUCCGGAGAUGGCAUCGGACGAACGCGACGCCGUUGAAUCGCCGGAGCUGGAGGAAGACGGCAGCGCCGGCGGCGGAGGAAUAGCCGGAGAGUCUGAUUCCGACGAUGAUCAGCAGCUCAUGCCUGAGCCAGACGUCGCCGCCGCCGACCUCAAUUCUCCGUUACUUUCCGCGACGGCGGAGGACACCGUAACCGUCGCUAUCCCCUCCGGAUCCACCCUACCCGCCGCCGCGUUUCCCGUCGAUUCCGAUCCGAAGCGGCGCCGCGCGACGGAGAUCGUCGUCCACCUGAGACCACCGCCGCCGCCGAUCGACGACUCCAGGCGCCUCUUCCAGAGGCUGUGGACCGACGAGGACGAGAUAGAGCUUCUCCGCGGCUUCCUCGACUACGUCACGUGCCACCGCGGCAGCAGCAGCAGCAGCAGCUCGCAUCCCCCCGAUACGGCGCCGUUUUACGAGCUGAUCAAGUCGAAGCUUCGGGUCGAGUUCAGCAAGAACCAGCUCGUGGAGAAGCUUCGUCGGCUGAAGAAGAAGUAUAGGAACGUGAUGAGUAAGAUCGGUUCGGGGAAAGAUGUGUUCUUUAAGAGCCCUCAUGAUCAAGCCACGUUUGAUAUCUCUAGGAAGAUUUGGAACCAAACCGGGAAGAUCAUAGGGUUCGAAGAUAACAAUGUGAUAGAUUUAGAGGAACAACCUAGUAGCACCAAUGUGGACGUUGAUUCUGAUAACGUGUUGGAGAAGAAAGUGGCGGUGAGUAGGAAACGAUCGCGGUCAAGGAUAGGGAGGAUCGAUGAAGACAACAAGCCCAUCUCUCUGUCUGAUGGGCCGACGGCGAGUGGAGCUGGUGCCAAUGAGAAUGUAGCUGCCUUUGGUGAGUUUAGUGAUGGGAGGAGUCUAGGGGGAUUGAUAGAAGAGACGGUGAAGAGUUGUGUGUCGCCGUUGAUCAAGGAGAUGAUGAAUGGAGCAACGGGGAUGAUGAUGGCUGCGGUGGGAGUGUAUCCAGGAGGUGGUGGUGGUCAUGGUAUGGGUGUUUUAAGCCCAAUGCUAAUGCCGAAUCUAGGGGACGAACGGUGGAGGAGACAGCAGAUUCUUGAGUUGGAAGUUUACUCGAGGAGAUUAGAAUUGGUUCAAGAGCAGAUUAGAGCCACACUGCAUGAGUUAAAGACAAUGCCCAGUGGAAGAUGAAUGCAUAAGGAAGACUGUAAUGAGUUCUUGUAAUAUAAUCUGAGUAAAUUUCUGAUGAUGAUGAGAUCUCUCUAGGCUUUUUUUUCUUUCUUGAUUGGAUCUUUGUCCACGAGGGGUGAAUGAUGGUGGGGUUGUGCAUAAGCUUUGUAUUAGUCUAUUAGAUUAUAGUUUUUUUGUUGGUAGAGUCACUAGUUCAAUAAAAACAAAAAAUCUCUUUAGCUA